AUGGACGCCUUGAGUUGUAUGAAGUCUCUGCUCCUGGCAGCUACGCAGUACCGGGCUGCUAAGACACCGUCCAACGCGGGGCUUUUGCAGCGGAGCCUGGAGGUUAUCUCUGGACUGAAGCUUACACGAUUAUUUGCUUCAAACCAGAUUCUACCAAGUGAAUGUCUCAGUUGCCUAGUAGAACUCCUUGAGGACGCUAAUAUAAACCCAUCUCUAACCUUGUCUGUGGUUACUUUGCUAUCACAGCUAGCUUUAGACAAUGAGACUAGAGAAGCUCUUCAGGAUACCUACAGUCUGACCAGCGUGCUGGCAGGAGUGGUUCAUCGAAGUUCUACAAACCUUAGUGACCCAGUCUUAUUACAGAGUAUUCAGUUGCUGCAGAGGCUAACCUACAAUGUUCCAGUCUUUUGCGCUGGUGCCAACAUCGAUGAAUUAAUUUCAUUUCUAGUGCAUCAUGUUCAAUCCACUGAAGAUGAGUUAACGAUACCAUGUUUAGGACUCCUGGCAAAUCUCUGUCGUCACAACUUAUCUGUUCAAACUCAGAUAAAAUCUUUGAAUAAUGUGAAGAGUUUCUAUCGUACCUUAAUAAGUUUCCUGGCCCAUAGUAGUUUGACUAUGGUUGUGUUUGCACUUUCAGUAUUAUCAAGCCUUACUUUAAAUGAAGAAGUAGGAGAAAAACUCUUUCAUGCUCGAAAUAUCCAUCAGACAUUUCAAUUAAUAUUCAAUAUUGUUGUAAAUGGAGAUGGUACUCUAACAAGAAAAUACUCUGUUGAUCUACUCAUGGAUCUUCUGAAGAACGCCAAAGUUGCAGAUUAUCUUACCAGAUAUGAGCACUUUACCUCAUGCCUUGGUCAAGUAUUAGAUCUUCUUCACGGAAGUGAUCCUGAUUCAUCAUCUAAGAUCUUAGAGCUGCUGCUUGCCUUCUGUUCUGUGAUAGAACUACGUCAUACCCUGUGGCAGGCAAUAAUGGAACCAUCUGGCUUGCCAGUCUCUGGAAAUACCAGAUUUGUGACUCGUUCAAAGAGUUUUGAACCAUCUGUUGCAUUGGUCCAUUUGUCAAACCAACCAUUGGAAGGCUCGGAAGACUGUUCAGUUCUAGCAUUGCAACUAUUCAAAGAGAUUUUUGAGGAUGUUAUUAAUAGUGGGAACAGCGCCUCAGCUGAACACUUUGUGGAUCUUCUGCUGCCUGUUCUUCUUGAUCAUCUUCAGAUGCCAGAACAGAUUGUGGAUGAGCUAUUAGUGAAGAAAAAGUGUGAAAGAAUGAUCAAGGCUAUUAAUGUCCUGACACUGCUCUGUAGAGAUGACAUACUGAAAAUGCAUGCCUCGAAGGUGUUGACUGCCAGCCAAUGCACGUCUCUAAUAGAACACCAAUUUACCUAUAGUGGGAUUGAUACUGGUUUGGGGACAAAAGUAGUGGACUUUAAAAUGUGCAAACUUGCUGCUGAUAUUAUUUUGAAAAUGCUUGAUCUUAUGAGCAGACUGAAGCAGGAUGUACCUGGUAUGGAGGUCAGCUUCUACAAAAUUUUACAGGAUCAACGCUUGAUUACGCCUUUGACGUUUGCUUUAACAUCAGACCAUAGAGAGCAAGUCCAAGUGGGACUUAGAAUACUGUUUGAGGCUGCACCCUUACCAGAUUUUCCUGCCAUAAUGCUUGGUGAAAGCAUUGCGGCAAAUAAUGCUUACAGACAACAACAAACAGAGCAUGUGUCAAAAAAAAUACAAAUGCAGUCACCUGUGACCAACAUUACUUCGGUGAGGUGUUCUUCAUCUUGUCCUUCAAGUGAUGAAUCCACAACUUCAAAUAUCCAGGAAUUAAUACAAAAACUUCAUUCUGGACUAGAGAUGAAGGAGCCAUUCACUGAUAUGAGGAUAUCUGACAUAAUGGAUGUCUAUGAGCAGAAGCUGUCAGCAUUAGCAUCUAAAGAAACUAGGCUGCAAGACCUUUUGGAAGCAAAGGCACUAGCUCUGGCUCAGGCUGAUAGGUUGAUGGCUCAAUACCGAUGUCAGAGAGCCCAGGCUGAGUCUGAGGCAAGAACUCUUGCUGCAAUGUUGAAGGACGCAGAACGAAAAAAUGAAGAACUUAAUGAUUUGCUGAAAGCUCAGCAGGUAGAAUCUGAAAGAGCACAGACUGAUAUUGAACAGCUCUUUCAACACAACAGGAAAUUACAAACAGUUGCCGAAGAACAUGAAAUACUGAAAAAAUCCUCUGUCGAACUUCUUCAGAGGUAUGAAACAACUGAAAGACAAUAUAAAGAUCUACAGACUACAUGCAAUUCACUAAAUAAACAAAUGGAAGCAAUGAAGAAACUAAACGAAUCACUCAAGCAGCAGAAUGACAGGACUGCUGCACAGUUGGUAGAAACUGAAGAUCACAGAAAAGAAUUACAGCAACAGCUACAGGAGAGAAAUGGCAAAAUAGCAACCUUGCAACAGAAAAUAAAAGUUCUGGAAGAAAAACUGAAGGCUCAACAGAAAGAAAAAACAGAUAUGGAACAAACUAUAGAUAAUCUUAGAAAGGAAUUAAGUAAAACAGAACAAGCAAGGAAAGAACUGAGUAUCAAGGCAUCUUCUCUGGAAGUUCAAAAAUCCCAGUUGGAAGGACGCUUGGAAGAAAAAGAAGCACUUGUAAAAUUACAGAAAGAAGAACUGAACAAACACUCCAAUAUGAUUGCAAUGAUUCACAGUCUAAGUGGUGGCAAGUUAAGUGCAGAAACAGUGAACCUCACUUUAUAGAGCUCUGUUAAGGUUCUAGUAUUUUAUACAUAUAUAUGAAUAUAUGUAAAGGUUUUUAAACUUGAGGCUAGCUUACUAUUUGGCUUAAAAAUCUAAAAUUAAGUAGCUUAACUAUCAAUUGAGAAGAAAAAGUAGUAAUUGUGGAAGUUUUGGUCUAAAAAACCUGAGCUACUGUAUAGCAAAUAGGUCUUCUGAUGGUCUUGGUAGAACUGUUAUCAUCUGUAUUGAGAGCUGAAUGCAACUUUUGUUGGUGGCUAACCUUCGUAAAUAUAUGUAGGGAAACAUGAAGCAAAACAGGAGUCACUGUCAACUUUUUGUCUGUAUAUUCUUCUAUUGGCUGUCUGGCAAGCAGUGUGCUUCCUAGGCUAAGCACUUCUAUAAUUUAAUCUUGUUAAUUUUGACUCUUAAUAACAUUAUUAUUUGUGCAGUGUUGCUUCCUGAUAUCUAAGGUACAAACAAAAAUAAAAUGGAUUAUAUCAAUUAGAACAUGUUACGUUGAAAGCUGUAUUUAUCAUCGUAUUGGUGCAAGUGCUUCAUGUAGUAAAUAUGUGGAGGCGUUUCUAAUUAUGAGGAGACAGGAAUUUGUGCAAGUAGAACACUGCAUCUGAAUGACUCUUCAGCAAUAGCAUCAAUUAGGGAAAGCAUGCUAAAAUGUAAUACAUGAAUGUACAGGUGUGUCUUAAAUACUAGAUAGUACUUUCCUAAUCCUAACAACACUUCCUUUCAUUCUUUAAAAAUCUGCACUUUUUUGAUAGUCCUAUCUGGUGCAUGCUAGCUAUUGUCAGCUUUGUCACUUUCUGCUGUACACCAACAGGAUUUCAUAUAUUGUUCAUAGUAUAACUAUUUAGGUAAUUUUGUUUUUUAAAAAAAAUGUACUUUCACAUGAAAGACUAGUACUAGAAUUUGAGGCACGUUUUUCAGUGGCAGAACACUAUCCUUAGUUUACAUGUGACAUGAAUAACAUGUCUUAGCAGUUGGCAGAAUUAUUUCAUUAGUAUCUCUAUUUUGAUAGAACUACCAGAAUUUUGGGUGAUCUAAUAUAUAUCUUUUUCUGUAGCAUUACUGCCUUUAUUUGUAUCUAAUUUGUAACGGCUAGAUUUUUAAAAUACUGAGAUUCUUUGUUUUUUCAGUUGUGUGAUAGAUGUGUCUUACUGAAUGUGUUCAAUUCUUGUCUACGUACAGACUUGUACCUUCCGUUGCAAUUAUACAACAUCGGAUUAAUUGUAUCUAUUUUAACCCGUUCCUAAAAUAUAUUUUUUAUAACUUAACCACAGGUAAGAUUUAUAGAUAUUGUUCUGGUCUCUGAAGACCAGAGGAAUAAAAAAAAAGAGUUGCUUCUCUAUUUUCUGUCUUAUGUUUUUCUCUUAAGUGAGGUAAAUUAUAGGGAUGACUGCCAACUUUGUGCAAAAUACAUGCAGUUUGGUUGCCUUUUUGCAUAAAAUGCAGUUAUUGCUUAGGAAGGUUAAAAAAAAAGUGUUACCAGAAUUGCUGAGGGGAGGGCUUUUGUUAGUGUUUUGCAAACUCAAUUGGGACAGAAAGCUUCAUUAACCAUAAAUUUCUACUUCAGUCUAAUGGGUAAAGAAAUUUGAGUGUCAAAGUAAAUUUGCAGACAUGGGUUCAUUUCUAUUUAAAUUUCUUGGUCAUGAGGAAGCGGUAAGUAAAUGUUUUUUGCUCCCUUUCUGCCAGAAACUGCUCAUGUAAAAAAAUUCAAGGAAAUGUCAAGCGUGUUACUAAUCAAACUGAUAAAUGCUGGUCUGCCUUUGUUUUCAAAUGGUGGAAUGGGAGGGCAAAAAGUCAAGCUGCUCACCAGAGUAAGGUUAUGCAGUUAUAAGGUUCAUGUCCCCAGAAAACGGUAAAUGAAUCUUUGGAGUUUACAUGAUUGAAGCCACAGUAAUAAGCAUGGUGUAUAAAUAUUCAUUGUUUUUUUCCCCCUGGAAAAAUGUGCUGUUUCAGUAUGCUGUUCUAUGCCAAGUGUUGCUGAACUCUGUUGGGUUGCAUAGCAAAUAAAUGCAUGGACACAUCAAACUAC